AUCAUCAAGAACAAAUUCUUCAACUUUUAACACACCCUCAAAUUUUCUUGGAUCAGUGUAUUAUAAAUCUCAACAAAAGGGACAAUUUUUUUUAGUAUCCUUUUUUCCUUUUUGUGUUUUCUCUUUUCUCCUACAUCACUUGUCUCUCUUGAGGAAAUCAAGAAACUAUGAGCAGAAUUCAAGAAACCAUGUCUUACUCAUCUGAUGAGGCUGCUCAAAUUAGAUCAUCUUUAUCUCAAAUCCUAUUAACAAGUAGUACCAACACUUUAGACUCAAUAUUUUUUCAUUGCCAAGAACCAAAAAAUCAAAUGACUACUACUAGUCCUGUUCUUGAACCACUAUGUUCUUCAGUCUAUCUCAGACAAAAAGAUUUGCUCCAAAAAUUUUGGGAACAAAAUAGAACAAAUAUCACAAUUCCAACAACUUCCACACAAACCCCACUUCAAGGAUCUUUAUAUUCACAAAAAUUUUGGGAACAAAAUAGAGCAAAUGUCACAAUUCUAACAACUUCCACACAAACCCCACUUCAAGGAUCAUUAUAUUCACAAAGAUAUGUUAGUCCAAACAAGAAAAAGUUAUAUAGAGGAGUGAGACAAAGGCAUUGGGGAAAAUGGGUGGCUGAAAUAAGACUUCCUCAGAAGAGAAUGAGAGUUUGGCUUGGAACUUAUGACAAUGCUGAGGCUGCAGCUUAUGCUUAUGACAGAGCAGCCUAUAAACUUCGCGGGGAAUAUGCACGAUUGAACUUUCCAAAUCUACGCGAUCCAAGUGAGUUGGGAUUUGGAGAUAGUGCAAAGAUGAAUGCUUUGAAGAAUUCUGUGGAUGCUAAGAUUCAAGCUAUUUGCCAGAAGGUUAAAAGGGAGAGAGCUAAAAAGGGUGGAAAGAAAAUUGUUGAAAGUGAGAAAAAAGUUGCAAAAAAUGUGGAUUUGGAUUCAUCAUCUUGUUCUUCUUCUUCAUUGGUUGGUAGUGAAAGUUGGAGUCAUAGUGAUGUGAUUUCAAGUAGUUCUGAUGAUGGAUUCUUGAAUAGUGAGAAAUCACCUUGCUCUGUUCUUGGUGACUGCCCCAUGGGGCCUGAGAACAAUAACUGCCAUGUCAUUAGCAUCACACAUCAAUUCGAAAGGUCUGUGCUGGAAUCGGAGUUGGAAGAUUAUUCCUUAGCAACAAUGCCUUCUUUUGAUCCUGAGUUGAUAUGGGCAGUUCUGGCUAGCUAGAAGUCAUUCCGACUUUGU